UCUGAGGGCGCGGGGGCUCUCCCGUGCCCCUGCCGCGCGAUGUCCAGCGAGGAGAGCUACCUGGCCAUCCUGCGGUACCUGACGAACGAGCGGGAGCCGUACGCGCCGGGCACGGAGGGCAACGCCAAGCGGAAGAUCCGCAAGGCCGCCGCCUGCUACGUGGUGCGCGGCGGCACGCUGUACUACCAGCGGCGGCAGCGCGACCAGCAGCGCUUCGCCGAGCUGGAGGUGGUGCUGCAGGCCGAGCGCCGCGCCCGCCUCAUCCGCGCCGCGCACCUGGCGCCCGACGGCGCGCACCGCACCCGGCUGCAGACCUGGCAGGGGCUCUCGCAGAAGUACUGGUGGAGAGGUAUUCUUAAGCAGGUUAAAGAUUACAUUAAAGAAUGCAGCAAGUGCCAGGAAAAGCUGGAUCGCUCUAGAUCUCUCUCAGAUCCUUCUGAAAUGCUGGAGGAGCUAGGACUUGAUGCAAAAUCUCAUGAGGACAGUAAUGAAACAGAUGAUGAAUUGAGUAACACAGCAUCAAUCCCAGCUGCAUCCCCAAAGCCUGUGAAGAAGAAGCCAAUAGCAAAGCAUGAGCUUGUGUUUGUUGACAGUAAGGGCCUUGUGAAGCAGUCAUCUUCCAAACAUUGUCUGUCAGUCUUAAACCAACUGAAUCAGCAGAGACUUUCCAAUCAGUUCUGUGAUGUGACUUUGCUGAUUGAAGGAGAGGAGUACAAAGCUCACAAAUCUGUCUUGGCAGCCAACAGCGAGUACUUCCGAGAGCUCUUCAUUGAAAAGGGAGCUGUCACUAGUCAUGAAGCUGUAGUGGAUCUGUCAGGUUUCUGCAAGUCCAGUUUCUUGCCUUUAUUGGAAUUUGCUUAUACUUCAGAAUUAACGUUUGACUUCUGUAGUAUGGCAGAAGUGGCCAUGCUUGCCCGGCAUCUCUUCAUGUCAGAGGUCCUUGAAAUCUGUGAGAAUGUGCACAAACAGAUGGAAGAGAAACAAAUUACAGUGUACCAAAAGGGAGAUAUUCAAACAGUAGAGUCAACACAAAAUCUAGCAGAGCAGGCUGAAGUGGAGAUGCAGCCCAUGGAUGGUGUUGAGCAACCUAGACUCACAGCCAGUGAAGUGCCAGUAGCUGUGAAUGGAGCUCCUUCCUCUGCUGGGACAGAGGAGGCAGCUGCACCCCAGCCUGACCUCCUGCAGCCAGAGCCUCUGGAGGCCACUGCAGGUGGUACUUCCAAGCCGGUGGAACAGUGUGAAACAACUGAAAGUUACAUCAAGAUCCAGCUGGUGGAGAGCAUUUCAACCAGCCUCUACAACAGACUCAGCUCUGAGCCAUUGACUGUGGAAGCCAUGGACACACAGAGUCAAAGGGAAACUGAGACAGUUCAAAAUCAAAGCGAUAAAGCACAUGUGGACUCUGCUUCUGAAGACUCCUCAGAGUCAGUCAAGCAAAAAAGUAAUGAGCAGAGCAGCUGCAGUUCCCAGCCAGAAAGCCUCACUUCCAGCCAGGACGAUACUUACAAAAGCAAGCUUCGCCAGCGUUCAGUCAGUGAGGGGGGAUACAUCAGGCUGCAUAAAGGAAUUGAAAAAAACCUGCAGAAUAGAAAGAAAAAUCCUAAAUCUGCAGUGCAGCAGGUUGCCAUGAAGCUGGUACAAAGAGGGAAAAAAAUGAAACAGCCCAAAAGAGACACCACAGAAAGUAAUGAAGUGGAAGCUCAGCACAAAUGCACUGACUGUGGAAUGGUGUUCCAGCGGCGCUAUGCACUCAUAAUGCACACACUGAAACAUGAAAGAUCUAAAGAAUAUAAAUGCCCAUUGUGUAAGAAGGAAUUCCAGUACGGCGCCUCCCUGCGGGCGCACCUGGUGCGGCACACGCGGAAGACGGAAGGCACCGCUGCAGCUCCGGGUGCCGAGGGAACGGGCGUGCCCUCGGUGAAAGGGAGAACCAAACGGGAAUUCGUGUGUGACAUAUGUGGGAGGACUCUGCCAAAGCUCUAUUCUCUCAGAAUACACAUGCUUAAACAUACGGGUGUCAAACCCCAUGCGUGCAAGGUUUGUGGGAAGACCUUUACAUAUAAGCAUGGAUUAAAAAUGCACUUAGCUCUCCAUGAAGUACAGAAACAGUUCAAGUGUGACUUGUGUGAAAAGUCUUUUGUCACAAAAAGAAGUCUUCAGGAACACAUGAGCAUUCAUACAGGAGAAUCCAAAUAUCUUUGCUCCAUCUGCGGAAAAUCUUUCCACAGGGCAUCAGGACUCAGUAAACACAUAAAGAAACAUCAGCCAAAGCCUGAAGUUCGUGGAUAUCAGUGUACUCAGUGUGACAAGAGUUUCUAUGAAGCUCGAGAUCUUCGGCAGCAUAUGAAUAAACAUUUGGGUGUGAAGCCAUUUCAGUGUCAGUUCUGUGGAAAAUGUUACAGCUGGAAGAAAGACUGGUAUUCUCAUGUAAAGUCUCAUUCUGUCACAGACCCUUAUAGGUGUAACGUAUGUGGAAAAGAAUUUUAUGAGAAGGCUUUGUACCGAAGACAUGUAAAGAAAGCCACACAUGGUAAAAAAGGAAGAGCAAAACAGAAUCUGGAACGAGUCUGUGAGCACUGUGGAAGAAAAUUCACUCAACUCCGGGAAUAUAGGAGGCACAUGAACAAUCAUGAAGGCGUGAAGCCCUUUGAGUGCCUGACGUGCGGCGUGGCGUGGGCGGACGCGCGCUCGCUGAAGCGCCACGUGCGGACGCACACGGGCGAGCGGCCCUACGUGUGCCCCGUCUGCAACGAGGCCUAUAUCGACGCGCGCACCCUGCGCAAGCACAUGACCAAGUUCCACAGGGACUACAUUCCCUGCAAGAUCAUGCUGGAGAAGGACACUCUGCAGUUCCACAACCAGGGCACGCAGGUGGAGCACGCCAUCAGCAUCCUGGCGUCGGACGUGCAGGAGCAAGAAGCCGAGAUCAGCUUUGGCGCUGCCGAGGGCGAGACCGUGGUAGUGACGGGAGAGACGCUGGAAGCCAUCGAAGCAGUUGCAGCUACUGAGGAGUGCACGUCGGUCUCCACCCUUUCUGACCAAAGCAUCAUGCAGGUGGUAAAUUACGUGCUGGCACAACAGCAAGGACAGAAAAUGGCUGAAGUGACGCAGGCCAUUGAAACUGUAGAAGUAGAGGUGGCCCACGUAACAAAGACGGAGCCAAUUUAGUAUAUGAGGGCAAGAAGGGUAAAGUUCUGUAUCUGUGAGAGCCGAGUUUUUAAUGGGUUAUCUCAGGCUUUCAGUGAUGCUUGUUCUCAAAUGGUUAAUCUUCAGUACUGAAUGUUGUGAUGACAGAAUACUGCACCAACCAUUAGAGAGGAAAAAGUACCAAUACUCCAGUGGGCCAAGGCUUUGAAAGCUAGGAUUUCUAU